AUGGACCCGCCUAGUCAUCCAUUCCAGGACGCAUCUUCGACUUCGCCCUCUGCGUCAAGGUUCCCGAGCCCACCCACGUAUCAGCCGUCCGGCUCAAGAGAGAACGCUACCAAGCCUGACACAUCACCUCUGAGCACAACCACUGACACCGAGCUGCGCAGCUUGAUUCGUUCCAUCAUACGAGAUGAACUCCAAGCACAGGCUAUGUCCUACCCUCUUGAGCUCCGUACGACAUCUCCGGGCAGCAGCAUCCGCAACAUCAUCCGAGAAGAACUUGUUGCCAUGAGGUGUACGGAAAUUCCCAGGCACGACCCCGUACCGCCACCAACUUACGCCCAGGUUGCGGCCCUAGCGCCUCCUCAACAGAUACCACCCCACGCGCCCACAAUGCACGGUUCCGUGAAUGCUUUGUCACCACGAGCGUCGCUUCCCUCUCCAAACGCCUGGCGCCCACCUCGACCAACACCAGACGAAUCGGAGUCCGGCACCGAGGUGAUCCGCACUCGUGACCUUGAGAGGGACAAGGCUGCCCUUGAAGCUGAGUUAGAUCGUCUCAAGCAGGACGCAUCGCAGCAUACUACCCGCAUCAGCCAGCUGGAACGUAAGUUGGGAAACCUGACUGAUGCACAUGAUGGUCUCAAGCAGGAGCACGACGUCUACAAAGCCAAGGCAACCACCGUAAUCAACGAAAAAGACCGCCACAUUUAUGACCUGAAGGACAAGACAUCCUGGAGUGACAAAAUCUACACCCUUGAAGCUCAGAUCUUCAACCUGAACCGAAAGGUGGCCGAGGACUCGCUGGAGUACAGUCGCAUGGAGAGGCUGCUCGCAGAUGAUCAGCACCGCCUCAAGGAUCAGCAGCAGCAGUGUGCCAAUUUCGAGGAGCAAUUGCUGGAGCGGGACACUCAACUGGCACACAUGCGGCGCUGCCACGAAGAAGAGCUCCAGCGGCAGCGCGUACUCCAGGACUCCCAGCUGGAUGCGCCACGGAUGCAGGCAGCUGAUCUCCGUGUGCAGCUCACCCAGGCCCAGCAGGACCGCUAUCGAGAGGAGGCAGAGUGCAAGAAGAACCAGGAGCAGAUCCAGGGGCUCGAGGAGGGCCAGAAGAUUUUGUUGGCAAAGGUCUCCAAGCUAGUGAAGCAGCUCAGUCUGUCGUCGCACUCUGAGACAAUCCUCAAGCACGGUCUGAAGAAGAGUGAGGCUGAACCAGAGACCAUGCAGGAAGAGCUUGCAAAGCUGAGCCAGAUGGUGGCUUCGGCUGAGAUCGAGAACAAGCGGCUGAUGGAGGAGCUUGAGGCAAGACACCAGCAAGUGAAUAAACAAUUCACGGAAGAGAUGACGCAGCUACAGGAAGCCCUGGAGAGGGUGGCAGGACAGGUGGACCCGUUCGAGGAGGAACCUGUCGCCCACAUGAGCAAAUGCACCAGCGUGUCUGACCUGCAGCGCAACAUGAGCAAGGAACACGUGAGCGCCGGAGGCAUAUGCAGUCGGAGCUUCGUUGGGGACGUCACACUUCCGUAG